AUGGCUUACUACCAGGAGGUAGACUACUGCUCGGAAGAGGUGAGGUCGGUGGCCCCGGCCGGCGGCUUCGGCCGCUACGGCGGCGGCGGCCAGCAGCACGUCGUCAAGGAGAAGUUCGAGGAGGUCGACACGGUGUCACGCACCGGCGGCCACCACCACGGCCACGGCAUCGUGGUGCGCGAGACCAGGGUCGUGGAAGACUUCAACACCUGCACCGGCGAGUUCCACGAGCGCAAGGAGAGCUUCGUCGCCAGGGCUAACUGA